AUGUUUCUUCAUGCAUCAACGGUCAGGAACCAGACGCAGAUCAAGCAAAGGAAGACCGCUACUGGCAUCAAGGACACCUUUUUAGACUUGUUCUUGAAUCACCUAGCUGAAUCAUACAGCAAAAUUUGUGGCGGUAACAGGGCGAAGCAGGAAGCUCUUGAUAGAGCCAAGGAGACACUGCCCGAAAAUGUCACAAGUCCUGUGUGGCAAAUUAAAGGUAUCGAUCCUCACACUAACACACCUGUGGAAAUUCUCCACACAGUCCUCCUUGGAUUCAUCAAAUACUUUUGGCGUGAUGUUGUCUCUGUAAGGAUUGGAAAAGACAAGUUGAAGCGUGAACUUUUAGAGACUCGCCUCUCAUCUGUCGAUGUCUCGGGUCUUGGACCCAGCAAUCUUAAUGGUCACACCCUUGUUCAAUAUGCAGGUUCUCUUGUUGGACGUGAUUUUCGUGCCAUUGCACAGGUUGCACCCUUUGUACUUCAUGACUUGGUGCCCCAGGAGUGCUACGAUACAUGGAUUGCAUUAUCAAACCUGAUACCACUCAUCUGGCAGCCUGAAAUAGAAAACUUAAUGGAACACUUGUGCAAUCUCACAAUAUCAAUUAAUAACUUCCUUGCAUGCACUGCCAGGUGA